UCCACGCUUGAACAACUUGUCAUUUCCAAAAUCGAUUCCAACUGAAGUUCUUUUAAGCUUAAGGUUAUCUGCCACCCGAUUUAUAGUCGGGGGUGUUUCCAUACACUCGGCGACAAGCUUCUUUUUAUAUACACACAUACACAAGCACAAACACCCUUCUACUGACCAGCUGCCGCAAACCGAUCGUACAGGGUUGUUGUGCCGCUCGUGUUUUUUGGUCAGGUUUAACAGUCAGUCCUCGACGGGUAGUGUCGCAUCAAGGUCACACGCAGCAAGUUGGUGUGCGUACUUAGGUGCAAAUACCCGGAACGAAAACAAACUACGAAGUACUCGAACUUGCGUCGCCAAGUUGUAUUCGACUUGUGCAGCUCGUAGCGUGGUGCAACUGUCAAGCCACUCACGAAAAGUUGCCCCGCCGCACUUUCCAUAGCGAUCGAAAUAAUACGUUGGGAUUCCGGAAGUUGCGUACCCCCUCCUGUCGUCAUAGCUCGAAACCGGUAUCCACGCUAGCCCAUCGCCUAUCGCCCAUCGUUCGUCGCCAGUCUCCCGGUAAUUAACGUUAUUAUCGCUGAACGCUAUUCUUCCAUCUUUAUCCCUCUCAUCAUAUAUUCACGAUAUCUCUAAAUUUACUUUUUUGAAACAUAUAUAUAUUAUACCAUUCUUAGAAUGGCGCACAUGCGGGUAGAAGAUGAUUUAGCUUAUGGAGAGUCGUACGGCGAAAGGUGGGACAGAGAUCGCUUCGUCGUUGAGAGAGACCGCAACCGACCAGGCCCAGAGCAGAGAGAUCGCUUUGAGGAACAUGACCGUUACUUCACUCGCGGUCCCAAAGGUCGGGUCCGUGAGACCUCAGUCGAUGAAAGAUUCGAGCGAAGACCAUCGCGACCGUGGGACGAUGAGCCUCCGCUUGAGAAAAGGUACUACGAUGACCCGCCACGUUUCAGGCGCUCUCCACCUCCCGAGAUAGAGCAACGUCUCGUCAUAGAUCGUGAGAGGGACCGCGAACGGGAACGUGAACGCGAGUUUCGUCAUCCGUCACCUCCACGGAGACCGGGUCAAUUGAUCCGACGUCAGUCAUCUCUAGACACAUUUGACAGACGCCCACCGCCACGCUUUUUCGAAAGGGAGGAACCUGAGCCAAUUAUUCGCCGUGCAGACUACCGCCCCGAGCCACACAAGCCCAUUCCCCUUCCGCGAUCCAGAGCAUUACCUCCCCCGAGAAUAUACGCAGAACGCGACCUUGAGCGUGACUUCGAAGAAAUCAAAAUCUCUGAGCCCGAUCGAUAUGGCGACGAUGAAUAUCAUGCAUAUCCCGAGCGUGUCCGAGAGUUGGAAAUCGUCAAAGCCAGGAGACGGCGCGAUAGUGGUAAUUCCAGACGUGUCGAAAGCCUUCGAAGUAGAAGUACCGCAUCGGAUGACUCGAGCAGUAGUGGCGGUACUACCGUCACUGCUAAGAGUAUGAAGAGUGCUAAGAGCAUCAAGAGCGUCAAGAGCGAAUAUCCCAAAAAGGGAAAGACGAGAAUUCCGGUUAGGCUCGUUUCCAAGGCCGCGCUGAUUGAUCUUGGUUAUCCGUUUGUCGAAGAGGGUAACGUCCUCAUCGUACAAAAAGCGCUUGGUCAACAGAACAUCGAUGACCUUCUGAAGCUAAGCGAAGAAUAUAAGAAGUCCGAACUAGAGAUCGCCGCUGCUCGGUCAUCGGCCGCAGGUCUUGUGGAAGAAAGAAGAGAGGAAAUAUUUACUCUUCCACCGCCGCCACCGCCGCCACCGCCUAUUGUUGCACCUCCCCCUCCAUCAAUUAUUCAUACUGCUGCGCCUGUCGCCCCCUCUCCGCCACCGCCUGUGGAGAUGGUCAGGGAAACUUUCAUCCGUGAGGCUUCACCUACUCGAAGCUAUCGCAGUCAUCGCAGCCAUUCCACUUCUACCACCCGCACCCCGGUCAUCAUGGAACCACGAGAACGGGAAUUUAGCGAUGAGGUUGCCGUCGGACCUCUCGCAUUAAUUAGCGACCGACGGCGAGGUGAUAGAGAAAUCAAAAUGGAGAUCGCGCGACUCGAGGCAGAGCGUGAUUUAUUAAGACCCGAACGACGGCAUCACCACCAUCAUUCGCACUCCCGUCACCGGUCCCACAGUCACAGUACCGAGCGCGAACUAGUAUCGGCCGAGCGUCUGCCAACAGGUGAACUUGUCCUCUACGAGGAACAAGUGGAGAGGAUUGAGGAACCACGGCGCGGGGUGCGCAUCGAGAAGGACAAGAAAGGACCCCCACCUAGUCUAAUGAGAGCCAUGCUUGCAACCCUCACCUAGUCGCUUCAUUCUAUUCAACUACCUCUCUAAUUUUCAGACUAUCAACCUUCGAAGCGAAACAAGCAACCGAUAUCAGCCUUGACGUUGGAAACUUACGAUAAUGCGAAAUGAUUUAUUGAACUGCUCAGAUUUAACGAUUACACUAAAUCGGUAUUCACGAAAUUAUAUCAUAGAUUGGUGUGUGGCGUUCUACACAAGCCUGUGGGCAAAUUUCUGGUGUUGGCGAGGAUGAAGGGGAGUUUAUUGCGCACAGUUUGGUCAAAGACAGAGCCUCCAUCUAGGACUCGAGUUAUAUAUUUGAUGAUCUUAUUCAUUGUUGGUCUUGAUUCAAUUGUCUGCUUGUCGCCCGACUCUCGCACCGAGAGUUUGGCUUCCUUGUAGUGGAACAUGAUGAUGAUCUAAUGACGUUUGAUGAUUUCUUCACAUAUACCUAAUAUUAUUUUCAUCUAAUUCCAUAUUCUAUUAAUCAGAUGUA